GGCCCAGUGCCUCGGCCCUCACCUCCUCGACUUUCUGCUUGUAAAACUUCAAGACCUUAUUGAACUCCUGGUCUAACUUUUCGAAAAAAGCCGUGUGAGACAGCCCCCCGUGUUCUGCUUCCUCAAGAUAUGUAGUCUCGUAUUGCUCGGCCCCAACCUCGCCCACAUUUUUCACAAUAAUAACCUGAUGAUGAUGAUGAUGAUGAAGAUGAUGAUGAUGGUGAUGAUGAUGAUGUUCUCUUGUUGAUUUUGCAGGGGAAAGUGGUGACUUGUUGGUUAGACCGCUGAAUGCUCUGUAAAGGGUGAGGUCUCGCCGGAGGCCCGCCGGGGCUGGCGGCGGCGGCGGCGGAGGGUUCACGUCUUGGAUUUCUUUCAAUUGAAUUUUCAGAUGAUUAUAAUUCAGUUUUCCUGCUAUGGUGCCGGGUCGAGUCGAUCCGAUUCGAUCUGGAGUCGGGUCACACCAAAUGCAUAUCGGAGGAUAUUAGGAGCAAUUCGAUGACUGUCGGUAAAUACCAUGUUGUGAACCCUAAUGAUGGCCACCCUUUACCUGAUUCUCACAGAGUCACUGUUCGGGUGACAUCGUCUUAUGGAAAUAGCUACCACUAUGCAGACCAUGUAAAUGACGGUAACUUUGCAUAUCAAACGGUGGAGGAAGGCGACUACCUGGCUUGCUUUACCGCUGCAAAUCACAGUCCAGCAACUACUAUAACCAUUGAAUUCGAUUGGAAGUCCGGCAUUGCUGCCAAGGAUUGGGGCAGCGUUGCCAAAAAGGAUUCCGUUGAAUUAAUGGAAGUGGAACUGAAGAAAAUGCUCGACACGGUGCAAUCCAUCAACGAAGAGAUGUAUUAUCUACGCGAAAGGGAACAAGAGAUGCAGCAGCUGAACAGAUCGACAAACGACAAAAUGUUCUGGUUUAGCUUUUUGUCAAUCCUUGUUAGCCUGUCGGUUUCGGGACUGCAGCUAUGGCAUUUGAAGACUUUCUUCGAGAAGAAAAAGCUCAUUUAGCUUUACUUGGCUGCUGUAACUAACUCUCCAAACUUAGUUGUGUACAAUCAGAGUCUGAUCGCACUUUUUGUUCAGUUCGGUGCCUCGCCGGGGAUUUUUGGGGACUCGGUUUCUUUCGCGGUAAGUGUCAACGUUAUAUAUAUACUCUUUAUAUAUGUUGCUAGUAUCUUUUAUGGUACGGUAUGAUUCUUGUCGUUCAAUACAACAACGUACACUGCAGGUGACAAAUUGGGACAAAUUCUCGCCCGUCGGUAUAAAAUUAUCUAAAAUUAUACUGAAUAGAAUAGUUGUAGGUAACUUCAAAUUGUGCACGUGACCAGUGGUUGUGGGCUGGGUCCGAAAUGGUAAUGGGCUACGUAAUAUUUGUUGGGCUGGGCUUUUG